AUGUCGCGCGCAGUGCGUCCAGGGCUCCGCCUGGAGCGGGCGGAGCCAGGAGACGGCCCUGGGGCGGGCAGCGCCCGGCGUGCGGAGCCGGCAGCCGACCCGCUCAGCCGCUGGUAUCGGGGCUGCUGGUUUCCCAGGAGAGGCCGCGCCCUCCCUCCUUCCACCAAGACCCGCCCACCCCCACCCCCGGCCUCCAAAGCAGCUCAGAGCCUUGCACCCCGCUUCUCGAAAAUCCUUCCCAAAUCCGGGGCCAUCUUGACCCAGUUUUACCGCACCUUCCUGCCCAGCGCCUGUAAACAAGGCACGCAGCAGACGCCUAUCGGACAGACUGCCCAACACACGCAGCAGGCACCUGUGGCACAGACUGCCCAGCACACGCAGCAGGCGCCUGUGGCCCAGACUGCAGACUCACGCACCGUGGUGGGAGUGGGCCCUCUGCACCUCUGCAGAGCUGCACCCCCAGGGGAGGACAGGAAGGGAGGUGCUGGACGCAGGGCCUCCUGCCUGGAGCUCUAG